AUGCUGGGAGUACGACCCCGUAGCCCCAGCGCCGACCCCGAACCCUGCUGGACACCGCUGCCACAAGGACCCAGCCCUGCUAAGCGCCGCCGCCUCCACGAGCCCCAGGAGCCACUCAGCCUGGAAGAGCCCACACGGUCCGCCAGCGAUGCAUCAACCUCCAUGGUGUUCCUGGCCGCCGGCUGUGCCGUGCAGCUGCAGCUGGAUGGCGUCGAACUGCUGCUGGAGCUAGAUCCCAACUCGGUCCUGGAAGUGUCGCUACCUGAACACACCAUCAUCCUGGUGCCCGAGGGCCUCCAGGCUUCAGACCAUCUUGGACAGCCUGGGUUCUUCUCCGCCAGCCCGCAGGGGGGCGCUGGCCUGGAAAUGCCAGAGGAUUACCUGUUAGUCCUCCAGCCGGGAUCCUCCUGUCAGUUCAUUCUAGAAAGUUCCUACCAAGAGGAAUCCUAUGAUGAGGAUGAGGACUCUGACUCCCUGUCACCCUGGAUGGAUCCUCCAGCUGGUCAGGCAAGUGAGCACUUUUCCUCCACCAAUAGGAUGUCCAGUCCUUGGUCUCAGGGCCACAUCCCAGAACCAUAUCCUUCUGGGCCUUCCCCUGAUGCAGAGCCAUAUUCUCCAAGGUCUCUCUGGGACCAGAACAGUUACCUGCUGGGACCCUUCCCCAGCUCACCCCUGCAGCCUCUGCCUCCAUCUCCUCCUCCAAGUCCCCAGGAGCAGCGCCCUCCAUCUUCUCCGAGGUCCCCAUGCAAGGCCAGGAAGAGACUGUUCUGUGAAUGA